AUGAUAGUGACUCGUCAAAACGAGAGUUAUCAGAGCUGGGAGAAAUAUAUUCAGGACUUUGGCAAAGGACAUUGGCCCAUCAAUCCGCAGCCACUUCCAAAAUUAGCAAUCAUCUAA